GACUCUUCCAUUCUUCGACAACCCUACGUGUAUAUGCAUAUACACUGAUUCAUCCACUGGGUCCCUCUUGACAUGGUGCCCAUUGCGCCCGGUUCCUCCCCGCCGUCCAGGACCUUUUCGCGGCCGAAAUACCCUGCGCAAUGUCGAGCUGGGUUGCAUUGAACAUCGAGCCGGACGAGGCCAUCGAGGAGGAGGUUGAUGAUACCAAAGAAAUCCAGAUCGAGGAGGCCCUCAAACUAUACCAGAAUGCCUUGAAACUCCACUCCCAAGGCCCUCCGUUCUACAACGAAGCCGCCGAAGCGUACGAUGCGCUGUUAAACUCCGAAAUAUUCAAGUACCCCGAAUCCCUCUCCGACUACAAAAGAAAUGCGUUGCAGGAUACGGAUCAGCUCGGGGGAGAUUAUAUUGCGGGGGACACGGCUGCGGAGCCACUGGCGGAAUUCGAUAUCAACGAUUCGACAUCCAGCACGUUGAUGCAGACCAUCUACCUAUCCUAUAAAAACCACGGACAGUACACUUUGGAUUCGCUGCGGGCGUCUAUCGAGGAUGCCUCUCACUCCGACGAGUCGACCCAGGAAAUAUCGACCACGAUUGCCGAGCGCGCCAACAAAGCCUUAAGCUCUUUCGCCGAGGCUCUGGAACGGGACGAUACCGACCUCAAUCUCUGGAGGCAAAGCGCAAGAUUGUGUAGUGCUUUGCAGAGCUAUCGGUUAGCUCGAUACUGCCUGGAGAGUGUCUUGGCGGACGAUGAGAAUCGCUUAGAGGUACGGGCUGAGCAAUUAGGCCUGGAGGAAACCUUUGCGGAGGAGCAUCUUCGGGAAACGCUAUUAUCGUUGGAAGACAGGAUAUCCGCAGCGCAAGUACCGCUAAGGAAACCGAAAAGGUCUCUGCUCAGGUUCCUCAAGCCGCAAAGUGAUCCUUAUCCUUACUUGCCGGCCCUUCCAAAUAAUCUACAGGAUGCCGACCCAACAAAGCACCCUCUUCGUUCACGUCUUCCUGCACAUGAGAUUAAAAUUUCGAUCCUGACGUGGGCCGCCGUUGGAAAGGCCAUCCUUCGAGUUUGUGGCGAGGAGGUGCAAGGCGAAGUCUAUACCGGGUCGCGAAUCACCUUCUCCCUACCCGCCCUCAGUCCCGAAAUGAAAGCUAUAACCACUCGAGAAGCGUAUACUCAGGAUCAGUCAUCGAAAUCGCGGGACGACGACACUGUUGCUGAAGACAAGACCCACAACGCAGAGGGCGAUAAUCGAAGCGCAACUCAGAACAAUGCUCCUGUCAAAUUGGAGGCUCCUGAUGAACAGACUGACGAUCAUUCAUCCAUCGACCAGCGGGCAGAAAAACAGCUGAUGGAGUCACUUGAAGUGCAGUCGUCGCAUAGCCCCGAAAUAACAAAUCGGCCGGAGCUUCCGAACGCUGACGACAUGGAGAUCAAAUCGUCCAGCGCUCCUAGGAAGCGCUCCUCUGCUUCAGCCAUCACUGAAGACCAGGCGGAACGCAUCAGAGCCAAAAGUAGAAGAACACGCCUCAGGGAAUCGAAUGCGGAAGCAUCGUUGCAAGCUGAGGAGAUUCUCUUUGACCAGACCAAGUACUACGAGGAUCAACUAGAAAUCUACACUCAAGCCGAUGAGUGGGUCUUUGAGACGACAAAUUCAUUGUUGUCCAAGUUUGGAAUUGAAGAACUGACAGGGAUCGAGGAGCUGCGGAAAUGCCAUUCUUCUCUCAAUGACGACAAGGAUUCGCCGUUUUCGGGAGCCAACGAGAGUGAAUGCUCGCUGCAUCAAGAUCUCGUAAACGCCCUGAAACGCUGGGAUGAAGGGAAAGCCCAGGCAGUUUUGCAAGGAGACUAUUUCUCGGCCUUUCGAGACAUACAAGGCAUGGGCAAAUCGGGGCUGGCUGUUUUCCUCGAGCAUUCAAGGAAAUCUGCGCGGAAACUAGGAAUCAAGCAUGUCCUCGUCGGGGUUGAGGAACUAAUUCAUCUACUCAAUACUGUCAAUGAUGGGAGCUUCAAUAUCCACAAUGUAGCCUUUGACUGGCUCAAAUGUCUUCUGAUGCCAGAGUACGGAAACUACCCAACGGAGCAUGUUUCUGGUGCACCUUACUUUCCUGCCAUGAAAUCGACAUACACGCUAUUUCAAUGGCCAAGUGAGUUGAAAGAGACGGUCGUUCAAGUUCUGCUAAGCGAAGACGAGUACAUUUAUCAAGGAAUGCUGAACCAUGUUCAAUACCUUGAACGUCAGAUCCUCAGCACUGCCAAUGGAUCCCAGUUUACGUACACCGCGAAUCACUUCGCUCAUUUGGAGAUGAUUGAGACCAUAUUCGAGCUCCAGCUUGACAUCUAUUCGUCUAUCAACAACCCAAGCAGUGAGGUGAAUACCGGAGGAAGGGUUCUGCAACGUGAUCGUCUGGGCAGGUGGUGCUCUCUGGCCCGAACUGCUUUGACCCAUUUCAUGGACCAUGCUCCUCCAGGAGAUCACCAAAAAUCGAUGCUUCUACGUCACAUCUGGACGUCCACAUUCCAUUCAAACAUGACGACUGAUACCCAUCGGGAGCACGUAUUGCUUUGCCUCGAGGAACUUCAACGCUUGCUCGGAUGCUUGGGCAAUCCAUUGAUUGGUUUGGCUAACAAUGCUGCGAUGCCGGAAAUCUCCCUCGAGAUCAUUGACCAAGAGAUCUCGAAACUGAAAUCCAUGGACUUUUUCUUGAAAAUCUUCGGUCCCAACCCAAGAUUAUCUGUGGACAUUAUUGAAACCAUAGAGCCACUUUUAGAGCCUUCUUCUGUUGGUUUUACGGAGGAAGGUGAGUCAGGGGGGCAGGAGCUUGCCGGGCCGAGAUCACAAAUUCAAGAAAUGGGGUCUUUCCUAGACCGAGGCGAUGCCACGUUAAGGCUUUUCCUCUGGAGGCGACUACAGGCCGCUUACAACGACAUUAAUUAUCCUCCCAAGGAAAUGUCUUGCUACUUGAGAAGUAUCGAGGUCAUCAUCAAGGAGCUUUGGAGCUCGGCGCAUCUUCAAGAACCCAGUGAGCACCGCCAGGUUACUCUUCUCCGAUGGCUCAAAAUGCUCGAUGGCGUUCUAAUCAAGUCUAUGACAACGUUUUGGCGAGAUCCGACCAAGGCAUAUGAUUGCUUUGACAUGGAUCACCUGAGAUCCUCAAUGUCCGCCAUAGCCCUUCUGACAAAACUCCUUCAUGGCCUCAUUUUGUACGAAGAUUCGGUGCGCGUUGGUCAGACUCCUCGUCCUGAGUUUCGCGGCACUCUAGCCAAGUCAUUGGAAGGUUUCAAGGACAACCUCCGAGAAAUGUAUGUCCGCUGCUGGAUUUUACAGUACACCCUUGUCAAGGAAGCCAUUGCCCAGAAUAAAGAGAUCUUUGACACGCCCCUUGAUGACUGCAUUCAUUACCUCCGUGCCGUGCACCACGCUCUUGGUAUCCGAAAAAUGUGCAAACGUUCCCGCAAGGAUUUCCUGAAGCUGGUGAAGUCUGAGCUACUCACUCUUGAGAAUAAAGAAGACUACGAAUUGGAUAUCUGCCAGAUUCUGUAUGAUCUUCAUGGUAUCAAACUGUUAACGGUGGACAAUUACCCGCUCGACCAUGGGUGCCCGCCCGAGAAGCUCGACAGAGCUACGGCAAUCACGGUCAUUGAUGUUGUCAUGAAACAAGCCAAGAAGAUGAACAUCAAAGAUUUGUCCAAAUCGGAACUAAAAUGUACCAUUGACAAGAUGCAGCAAGCCAUUGGCAACACGAGAUCAUCAGGGCCAUUGAAUUUCAACAAGCGUGUCUUGACCGCCUACCUCAAGUCCCCGCUGAAUCCAUCAGAAAUAUUCCGUUCGGUGCGGGGAGUGAAAGAUGUUGCGUUGAUUCCUAUUCCUCUUUCUAUCGAAAGUGCAGUCAUCGCUCGGAAUGGGUGGUAUUUCCUCUUGGGAUACACUGCUCUCACCAAGUUUCGUUCCCAGAAGCGCCUGAACCCGGUGCCCACCAAUGACCUUGACGAGGCUGUGAGCUGGUUCCGGUCAGAUCUAGAACAUGGGAGCGCAAGUUGGGAAACUUGGUAUCGACUAGCCCAAACAUACGACUCCAAACUCGAAGAAGACAUCACCUGGUCCGCUGAAAAGAUCAACAACAAUCGCACGGAACUGGUAACGUGGCAGCGCUACGCGAUUCAUUGUUAUGCUAUGGCUGUUUCGACUGCGAUUAGAAAUGCGGAUCCAACACCAGAAACAAGAGCACUUCUAUCUGAGCUCUACACUGAUUUUGGGAUUCGGCUAUACUCUUCCUCCCGGGCGCCCUUGUCUAUGGGAGCCUUCAGCCUCAGUGAUUUUACCCGCCAUUAUAACAGGGAAGAGAACCAGCAGAUGUACGAAGCGCAACCCUUUAAAGAAAUGAGGCUAUAUUCUGUCUGGAAUUUGGCCAGCUAUCUUCUCAAACGCGCGAUUGUCGACAAACCUAAGAGUUGGAUGACCCACUAUAUGUAUGCUAAAUGUCUCUGGAAGAUGUUCAGCGCCGACGAGACCGUCAGAGGAGGAGCCAAGCCAAUCAGUCUUGAUGAUCUAUUGGACUCGCUGCUAGAUGCCAUCGAUGCACUUCCACAAAAGAAGGACUCGCGUGCGGAGCCUAUUUUCGAGCCUCACUUCAAGCUGGUUUCCAUCGUUCAUAAACUCGUUCACAGGGGCACAUUGACGGCGGCUGAGGGCAGCAAAACUCUUCUAGCCACUCCGUGGGCUCGGAAGGUUCUACUUCCAGAGGAUGAUGCUGGGUGGAAGACAUACAUCCUUGCGGUUAUUCGGAAUCUGCGACAUGCGGACAAAUCGAAUUGGCAUCACCGCAUGGCUCUCAGGGUACGUCUUCUCUAGUGGGUCCCUCUCAAUAUCCGUGCUAAUCUUCAAUAGGCUGCCCAUAUUAUAUACGAUGAUAGCAAAGAUGCGGAAUCUGCCGCCAGAGCCAAGGGCGAACUCACACAGCAGAUUUUCACCAAGACCAUGACAAUACAAGUUUGGAGGCCUGAGUAUGAGCGUCCGGGUAGGCAUUUCGUCUACACUACGCGAUACGUUUAUUACUUCGUCGCUCUUCUUGACCAGCUCAACGACCGCGCAAAUCUCGACCAGCUGCUGCGUCGAGUGCGGAAGAAGCAGGGCGACUUCAUCAACCAUACUAAACUGUGGGAAGACGUCUGCCUCACGUAUGCACGCGUCAUCCGCCGAGCUGGCAAUAUCACCGAGGGCUACGAAGAAGGCGUCUUCAGGCCCAUCGGAUGGGAGGAAUUUGUCCUCAAUACCGCUCGCCUCGAGGGUCUCCAACAACUCGCUCCCGAGAGUGGCUCUCUCCUCGAGUUACUCCGGGACGCCGUCGAGCUGAAAAAGCUCAACAAUAACCUCAUGAAAGUCUCCCUCCUGGAAGAUCUCAUCGCCGACCUCUACUCCCGCCUCUACGAAGUCAACAUGCCACAGGUCCUUGAGCAAGCCAACGAGGAACACAAAGAGAAAAUGAAAGUCGACCACCUGCUCAUGGGCAGCGACGGCGCCGCGGACACGCCAACUCCCCCAACCUCCGCUCCUGCAUCUGAAGCUCCCGCCCCGCGCGGCCGCACCAAGGGCAUCGCCCGUCGCGACAUCCAAAAGCGCGCCGAAACCAUCGUCAACCGUAAACUUGCGCCGCGUCUUCCCACCAGCAAGGCGCCCGCCCCUGUCGAAUCUUCCGAUCCCUCUUCUCAGAACCACCACACCGAGCCGACUUCUUCCUCUAUCACAUCCGCUCCUCAACAGUCUAAAGACCUUGCUGCUCACGCUCCAGCCACCACCGCCGGAGGAACAACCGAAGAUCCCACGUCCGGCCAACAGAGCGAUAUCCCGCAUAGCGUCCACGACAGCGCCGACGACGAGAGCGAGCUGAGCGAGAUGGACGACGAGAAAUUAUCGAAGCUCGCGAUUGAUCGGAAACUCAUGUUCCCGAACCUGCAGGAACGAGGAUCCCUGGAUCCGGAGUCGGAGAUGUCUGCGCUGGAAGGGGGCGGUGACGGUGAUAUCACGAUCGGGCCGGUUGGAGAUGCGGAUCUUGGUGAAGGGGAGGGCGAAACGAUGGGUGAAGGUGAUGAUGUUGACGAUGGAGAGGGAGAGGGAGAAGGAGAGGGUGAUGGUGAAGAAGGUGAAGGAGACGAGGAACCCGAAGUCGAGGCAGACGAAGCAGGAGCAGCAGAUGUUGACAUGGAGAAUGAAGGAGAAGGGGAAGGCGAAGGUGAAGAUGAACACGACCUCGAAGGCGAGGGCGAGGGCGAUGGUGAAGAAGAGGAAGAAGCCGAAGGAGAAGGCGACGACGCAGACGGCGAAGGCAACGACAGUGUUGACAUGGUCGGCGUCGAGCCCGAGACCGAACAGCCCGAUGCAAGCGAACUUGUCUCGGAAGCUGAACCUAUGGAUGUGUGAUUCCUUAAACCUUUGGAGGUUCUGGUACUUACCAGUACUCUCUGCUGCUUUCUUUUGCUUUCUUUUCUUAUUCCCUUCAUUUGUUGUUUCUUUCGUCGUUAUCCAUGUCUCUCUAGCUAGGUGUCGGAGUUUUAUAUUCUCGGUCUCGGAAAAAACAAGACAGGCGUUUGGGCGGUGCGGACAGGAUGUAGAUGGUGUGUAUGGGCAGCAGAGCAGGGGUCUAUUCAUACAUUUAUAGUUGAAUACAUGAAGAAAUUAA